GUGAUCGUCAAACUGUCAGCACUCACUUAGCUGAAGUAGUACUGUCUGAUUCACCAGAGUAAGAGCUUCUCAAUUCUCAACUAAUCUUCAUGGAUCAGAUGCAACCCUUUCUAAUGGCUAAUUCAACCAUACCUCUUUCACUGACCUCAAAGUUCAUCCUCCCAGAGGACAAAAGACCACAACUUGCACAGAUAUCCUCCCUGGCCUCGGUUCCUGUCAUUGACUUGAAUGAUAAUGGCAGCAAAAAUGGUCAUGAUCUCUUAGUUCAGAAGAUAUCACAGGCUUGUGAGGAAUACGGCUUCUUUCAAAUCAUCAACCAUGGUGUCCCUCAAGAAGUAUGUGACAGAAUGAUGACUGCCAUAACCGACUUCUUUGAAUUGCCUUCUCAAGAAAGAGCAGAAUUUGUCACGGAAGAUCAUACCAAGCAGGUAAAAGUUUUCCAUUAUAAAGUCAAGGUUGAAGGCCAGGAGAAAGUUUCAAUGUGGAGUGAAACCUUCUCUCAUCCUUGGCAUCGGGUAGAGGAUUCAGCCCAUCUCUUGCCAAAAAACCCACCAAAAUACCGUGAGGCUUUUGGUGAAUAUGCAAACGAGGUUGGUACCUUGAUUACUAGGCUUUCCAGCUUGAUUUCCGUAGCGCUUGGGUUGGAAAAAGAUUUCUUGCAAAAAAAACUGGGGGACCCGCCUGCACUAAGAACACAAGCUAAUUAUUAUCCACCAUGUCCCAACCCUGAUCUUACAUUGGGUCUGACUAUUCACACAGAUCCCCAAGCGCUCACGGUGCUCCAACAAUCAGCAGGAGUGACUGGCCUCCAAGUCUUAAAAGAUGGGGAAUGGGUAGCAGUUGACCCCAUUCCAAAUGCAUUUGUCGUCAAUCUGGGCGAUCAGAUGCAGGUUCUGAGCAAUGGGAGAUUUAAGAGUGUGCACCACAGGGCUGUAACCAACAAAACACAGCUACGAGUGUCUUUCGCAAUGUUUUAUGAGCCGAAUCCGGAGACUGUGAUUGGCCCAAUUGAGGAUUUGAUCGACGAGGUGGAAAAUCCUCCAAUUUAUGGCAGCUAUCGUUAUGCAGAGUUUGUCCAAGAAUUCUACAGGCAAGAAGGAACAAGGCGGAUGGUGAAGGAAGUCUUCCAGUUAACCAAAUAGGAGAA